AUGUAUUUCGUCAAGACUGACGUCUCUCUUUUCGCCCUCUCCAGCUUCGCUGCCGCGCAGUAUGCUGAGGAUGAGCAUGCUGGCCUCUCCCCCCGCCAGCUUGCUGAAAUCGCCCAGGAGGAGUACCUCGCCGCUCGUGACGAGUACAUUGAGAAGCGCGAUAUCUUCCGACGCGCGCCUCGUCUCAUGGGCACUUGCCAGUACUUCCCCAAGACCAAGGGAAAGGUAUGCGUUCGAAAUGGCCACGGUUGCGGUAUCUGCACGCCAAACAUGGCGAUCGGGGCGCCUUGCCCUUGCGGCCACUAA